CUUAACCUGAAUAUUCUCAGCCACCAGCCACCAGCCACCCUCUCUCUCUCUCUCUCUCUCUCUCUCUCUCUCUCUCUCUCAACCUUGAAUAUUCUAAGCCAUCAGCCACCCCCCUCUCUCUCCCUCCCCCGUACCGCCGCCGUCUUCGACUCCUCACAUUUCCAUAUCCAAUAAAAAAGAGCAACAUGUUGGCAUCAAACCUGCCAAAGAGCCCCUUCUUCCCCACCCGCUAUGUCCCGGUCUCCCCCUCCUUCCACAUCACCUGCAGCGUCUCGCAGCUGCAAUCGGCGGCGGAAGCAGUGAACGGCAGAGUUGCCGAACGGAACGAGAUUCGCCUCGGCUUGCCCAGCAAAGGCCGUAUGGCUGCCGACACUCUUGAUCUCCUCAAGGACUGCCAGCUGUCCGUCAAGCACGUCAAUCCUCGUCAAUACGUCGCCCAAAUCCCUCAGCUUUCGGACUUGGAGGUGUGGUUUCAACGGCCGAAGGACAUUGUGCGGAAAUUGUUGUCCGGAGACUUGGACCUUGGCAUUGCGGGUUUUGAUACUGUCAGUGAAUACGGAGAGGGGAAUGAAGAUCUUAUCAUUGUUCAUGAUGCUCUUGAUUAUGGGGACUGCCGUUUAUCCCUUGCAAUUCCGAAAUAUGGGAUUUUUGAAAAUAUAAAUUCACUGACAGAGCUAGCACAAAUGCCUCAAUGGAAUAAAGAGAAACCUCUCCGAGUUGCUACUGGCUUCACCUAUCUUGGUCCUAAAUUUAUGAAAGAUAAUGGAUUGAACCAUGUGAGUUUUUCAACUGCUGAUGGAGCACUCGAGGCAGCUCCUGCGAUGGGGAUAGCUGAUGCAAUUUUGGACCUCGUGAGUAGUGGGACGACGCUGAAGGAGAACAACCUAAAAGAGAUUGAUGGGGGAGUUGUGUUACAAAGCCAGGCAGUUCUUGUUGCAAGCAAGAAGUCAUUGAUCCAAAGGAAAAGCGCCCUUGACACGACACAUGAGAUUCUUGAAAGAUUAGAGGCACAUCUAAGGGCUCAGGGUCAGUUCACGGUAACUGCAAAUAUGAGAGGAAAUAGUGCAGCGGAAGUGGCUGAGCGAGUCUUGAGCCAGCCAUCAUUAUCUGGUUUGCAGGGACCCACCAUAAGUCCAGUUUUUUGCAAACGUGGUGGGCAAAUUGCAGCCGAUUACUAUGCCAUAGUCAUAUGUGUACCAAAAAAGGCACUCUACAAGUCCGUUCAACAACUGAGAGCGAUUGGAGGCAGCGGAGUUCUAAUUUCCCCAUUGACCUACAUUUUUGAUGAAGAAACACCAAGAUGGCGUGAACUUCUCACAAAGCUUGGCCUCUAGUUCUCUCUAGCCGAUGAUGUGCACGGUUUGUUGUAAUUUUCUGUAGCUAUGGCAGUUUUUAAGAGUUUGAUGAGCAAACACAUAUUGAUACCUAUCUUUGGAUUGACAACUUGGCUUGUAAUCGGAGUAGUGACUUAAAGAUAUUUCCGUUUUGUAUGCGAUUUUUUUCUUAUCCUCUAUAUCCCUAUUUUGGUUAGUCCGACGACAACUCUCAAUUUUUUUACCAUUUUUCAGUACCAUUAUGUGUAAUAUUCGUGGAUUUUGAACAUCUGUAUGCAUUUGUCUUUCAGAAUUAUCCAACCAUGAUUAAAGUUUUGAA